GCCACCAGUAUAAAAGCUUCAAGCACUCUUCGUCAAGCAUCAUUCAACAUCCUCGAUCAACUCACCCACUACAAUGGCAUUCAAGUUCGUGGUCCUCGCCUGCUUGGUGGCAGUUGCCAGCGCCGGUGUUCUCCCGGUAGCUCCUCUCGCCUACGCUGCCCCGGCUUACCACGCCGCCGCGGCUUACCACGCUGCUCCCGUAGUGCACGCCGCCCCCGUAGCGUACUCUGCACCCAUCGCUAAAGUGGCCGCCGUCGCCCCCGUCGCCAGAGUAGAGGAGUACGACGCGCAUCCUCAGUACAGCUUUGCGUACGACGUUCAGGACGGCCUCACCGGCGACUCCAAGAGCCAACACGAGUCCCGUGAUGGAGACGUCGUCCAGGGUUCCUACUCCGUCGUCGACCCCGACGGCACCAAGCGCACCGUUGACUACAGCGCCGACCCCCACAACGGCUUCAACGCUGUCGUCCGCAAAGAGCCCCUCGCUCACGUCGCUAAGGUUGCUGCUGUCGCUCCCGUCGCCAAAAUUGCCGCUCCUGUAGCCUACGCCGCCCCAGUGGUCCACGCUGCCCCUGUUGCCAAGAUCGCCGCUCCCGUCGCCUACUCUGCUCCUGUAUACCACCACGCUCCAGCUGUCUACCACGCCGCUCCAGCUGUAUAUCACGCCGCCCCCGUCUACCACCACUAAACUUGUGCCAAAAUGUAGACAUAUAAAUAUACAAUACCAUAGUAUAUCAAAUACGUUAUGAAUUGUAUAGGAGAUUUGCAUUAGGGUGAUAAGAUCAAUAAAUUAUUUUUUUCAUAAA